AUGGAUCAAAACGGAGACAAUCUUCCGAGACCGGAUAAUGCUUUUAGCUUCCAAAGGUUACUAUGUGGAGACGACUGGCAUCAGUGGGACACUUUCCCCCCGGCUGUUGAUAGCAGUGCCAACGCACCAGAUCCAACAGCUGAGAUGAAUCAUGAUCAUCCGACAAUAGAGUCUGAUCCACUCCUAAUGACAUUUACAAGGGUUAAUCAUCUAACAGCUGAGAUGAACCAUGAUCAUCCGACAAUAGAGUCUGAUCCACUUCUAAUGACAUUUCCAAGGGAAGAAACAGCCGUGCAGUGGUCACAGCCACUGACCAAUGAACAAUUUGAAAUACCAUUACAGCAAGAAGAUAUGGAGAUGUAUUUUGAUGAGUUCACCUUCACGUACGAGGAGUUAUUGGAACUCGGUGAGCAGAUAGGAGAUGUCUGCACUGGUUUAAGCGCUGAAACCAUUGAUGGAAAUUUAUGUCGAAGAAAAUACGAAAACUGUUGUGGUGGAACGGAGAAAUGUGUGAUAUGUCUGUGCGAGUUGAAGUACAAUGAUGACGCUUCUAAACUCGGAUGUGGGCAUGACUUUCACUUCGAAUGCAUCAAGAAUUGGCUAAUGGUCAAGAACUUGUGUCCUCUUUGUAAGCAAGAAGCUCUUUAA